UCCAUUUAAAAGGAGAAAAUAAUAGUAUCAUACUACUGUCAGACCACUGAGUGAAACCCUGGUGGAACAAAAUAUUGAGCUUAGCAUCCCAAUACAACAGGAGCAAUACAUGUGCAUAAGAAGUUUGCAGUUCUUAUAAUUAAAUGGAACUGCAGUAUUUCCAUGGAAAUAUAACUAAAGAAGACUGUGAACAAUUACUGAGCAACAAAGGAAGAAAUGGAAGCUUUUUAAUACGAGACAGUGAGAGUAUACCAGGAGUCUUAUGCCUUUGUGUUUUCUAUGAACAUGUUAUCUACACUUACCGAAUCUUCAGGAAACGUAACGGACAUUUUAUGGUGCAGACUUCUGAAGGUACUCCAAAACAGGACUUCAGAACUUUAAAGGAUUUAAUUGCUACGUAUGAAAAACCAAAUCAAGGGCUAGUAAGCCAACUGCGCUAUCCAGUAAACAGAUGUACACCCCAAAGAUCUCAGACUGUCUACGUAACUAAAGGUGAAGCAUAUUUGAUUCCUGAAAAUGAAGAUGAUUAUCUUGAUGUCUUGCCUGAGUAAUCUGACUGAGACUGUUUCUCAUGAUUUGCUUCUUUUCAACAAACAUUAGUUAAGUGGGUCAUACCCAUCUAACUGGUUAUUCCAUUCAUUUCACUGGAUUUUGAAUUCAUUUAUGUUCUAGAAUAGUACUGCCCACAACGCUAUCUCUUGCUUGCUUAGCUCUUUUGCCUCAAAAAAACCCCACCAAUACUUUUACUUCACCUGUGGCCACUUCAUGCACCUGGUGAAACGGGAUCUGAUCCACAAAAGCGAAUGCCACAAUGACUUUACUAGCUUUUAAGGUGCCACAAAUCUGUCAUUCUUCCACUUUUAACAGAAUCGGUUAAGCAGAAUUACUGCCUACACAGACUCAAGAUUGCUACAUCAAUGAUAACAUAGACAGCUGAUGAAGUGGACUGUAGACCACAAAAGCUUAUGUCAUGGCAAAUAUUAGUUUUCAGUCUUCAGCUGUUUUCUUUUUGCAACUGGAAUUCGCUUUUUGAUAGUCAUGAGCACAAGUGUCUGUUCCAUUUUAAUUAUCACUUGUUUAUUUUGGCAGUUUGCAACUUACAUUGGGAACAACAUGUUGAACACAGUAUGUUUAUGGGUGAAAUGUUAAAUAUAUUUAUUUGAAUUUAAAUCCCACUGGAAUAAUUGGAGAAUAAGUUUUAACACAAUCCAAAGUACAUACCAAAGCUUUACAAGAGUUACUACUGAUAUUGACGAUAAUGAGUAAUAUGUAAAGCUUUGCACAGACCAUCUUUUUCAGCUACAGAUUAGUGCCUGUCAGUAUAUUGAAGCCCCUCAUACCUGCAUAUCUAUUAUUAAAUAUAGUUUGUCAAAAUUACAUAACUUUAUCUUGAUAAAACAAGUCAUAGCAAGUAUACAAGAUUAUCAUGUAGUAUCGUUUAGGCUCUCUAACAUUUCAGAAACAGUACUUUAGGGAUGUCAUUAUGCAUGGUUCAAUUAUUUUUAAAAUGUCUCACCAUUGUCUCUGGUCAAGUCAGAAGCCACCCUAGUUUCCAUAGGAUUUCAAGCUGUACUCUGGAAAUGCCAAAACUAGUUCCCAGGAGCAACAACCAAUUCUACAAGACAUAAAUUUUGGUGCAACUGCCUGCAGGUGGCUAUUGUAUAAAACAUUCCCCUGCCCCAAGAGUACGAUAAGUCUGUCAACUGUUUUCAAAAGUAUUUUUCCUCCUUCAGCUUUUUUUUCUUUACUACAUGAAGAAGGGGGAAAAUAAUUCACAGCACCUAGUGCUUUAAAACUUCAGUUUUCUUCUGGAGUAAACAUAACUACACAAGGUGUAGUUUGCAAUCCAGUCUAAUUUGUUUUAUCACUUUAACUUAUUUUGGCUUAAGCAAAGGCAGUACAUUAGAAAAAUCCAGGGAACAGGCCUUUCUCUUCUAUAGAAAGGCUCUGCCUCUCCUCCCUUAGCGGUACCAGGGCAGUAGAUCCAGAGAACGAACAGUUUAUGGACAGCCUAAACUGUUAAUGUUGCAUGAUGAUUUUAAUCAGUAAUUUGGAGUCACAUUAAUUGUAAUCGUUCAUAAUUGUUUUAAGUUAGAACAUAAAACCACUAGGUACAUAAUUUACAUCAGUUUUGAAGGGACUCAAGUAUGGCCCUCACCAUCUGAGCCUCGUAGAUGUACAAAUCCAUUGUUUGCUUCUACGUUGCUCUAACUGUAUUGUGCAGUGUGAUCCGCUUGCACGCUAUGGCUUUUCCCACCUGCAGGACACAUGUACUACUUCACAAGAAGCUUGUUAACUCUUCCCAAGUUUAAGUAGCCAUUUGUGAUGUGAUGCAGUAGAACUGCGAUUAAGAAGAAAAGCCCUGCUGCCCAAAUAACAUAAUACAUAAACACACAUCUCUCAGGGAGGAUGGUUUUGGCACCCACUGUGAUAUCAUUUUGAUAGAAGGCAAAGGUCUUUAUAUUUUCCCAGGAUUUUUAAUCUCACCUCUUAUCUCCUUUAUGUAGUUUCCUGAUGACUGCUUUUAUGCUGGUCUUUUAAACUGUGGUAUUAUAAUGGUUAUUUGUUUUAAAGUUGUUUUUACAGCAGUUUUAAUUCAUGUUAAGCCAUUGUGGGAACUUGAGUAGUUUAUUAAAGGGCAGGGCAAAAAAUAAUAAAAACAGCUGGACAUAUCAGUAUGACAUUCCUGUCUAUUAUACUGACUUCCAACAGUCUGAGCAUUCUGAUUUUUUUUUUAGAGUAAUACAACUGCAUUUGCAGGAACAGCAUCUCUACAGGUGGAAAAGGGAUGGGAUGCCAAAGCUUGCAAACUAUUUAUUCCAUGUAGUGAUGCUAUGAAGUUUUAUGAUCCUCAGAAUUACCAUUUUUUCCUGUUUAUAAAAUAAACAAACCUUCAUACUUUACAAAGAC